CGCUAGGAGAAGCUGCGGCGCAUGUGUAAACAAACGGCGGGAAAGGCCGCGCGUGCGCAAAGGAGCGUUGCUGGAUCUAAGCAGAGGCGAGAUAUGGAUUCGUUGCUAGGCGUCUCAGUUGAUGCGUCUUUGCCUAAAGUUUUGACGGUGUGACUGACCAGCCAAAGAGGAAGGCGCAGGUUUCAGGGCCAAGUGAAGGGGAGUGGCCCCGGGAGCCCAGCAACACGCUAUCCUCGAGGCCGGCGCCCUCGGGACAGUAGUGGAGUCCCGGCCUCGACGCCUCGCCGGGCCUGGCCUCGGCGUUGCCCUCUGCGGAAGCCACUGGCCUGGACAGGAACCCGCGCCGGCCGUGUCCCUGCCUGCUGGGGACGGAAGCUGUUUCCUGCUGCCUGAGGACCCUGGACACCAGCUCUCUGUGCCCUUUCAGAGGUUCUUGGUCCAGGGAAGGAGCACAGUCCUUGCCUGUUCUCCCAUAGAGCCUUGGAGGUGGCAGUGAAAAGUCAGCGUGUUGGAACACAGCAAAAAGAGAGGAGUGUGGCCCCAGAAAUGAGGUCUUCUGGGAAAGGGGACCCUCCCUCUGAAACCAAUGGAGAUGCUCCUGAGCAUCGGCCAGAUGCCCAGACUUCAGAGUCCAGACUGGAAACGUCCUCAUCUAGUGAGUCAGAGGUUUCCCAGACUAACUCAGGACUCUUCCCUUCAGGACAAACAUCUGUCUCAUCUGGGAUGAUCUGGUCUUUGGCACCUGAGGAUUCAGUGCCCCAGAUCUCGAAUGCUCAGGCUUGGGAGAUAUACAGUUUAGGGACCCAGGCCAGGGUUGAGCAACAGCAGCAAGGUUCUUCAGUGGAAAUGACACCUGUCUCAGUCCUGAAAUCGAAAUCCGCAAUGGAGCAGGGGCAAGAGGCAAACAGAGAAGAAAGCUAUGACUUCAUUGCUCGUCCACUCUGGCCCAGGAAGGUUGAAUACCUCAUGACUCUGGUGGGCUACACCUUGAGGCCGUUCAAUCUCUGGCACUUUGUCUACCUGUGGCUUCACAAAGGGAGCGUCCAGGCUUGGCUGGCACAGCAGAGGAAAGCUGUUCAGGUGGACGCAGAAAACAAGGACAAGCCGGAAAGGAAGGAAGGGGCUGGGGCCAGCUUCUUCAUCAUCUACAUGAUCAUGCUGCUGUUUGUGGGGAUUCCUCUGCUCUUCCUGGAGAUGGCAAUUGGCCAGAGGAUACACCAGAACAGAAUGGAUUCAUGGAAGAUCAUCACCCCCUGGGCUGGUGGCGUGGGCUACGUCAGCUUUAUAGUGAGGAGCCCUGGGCUGCCCAGCCCUUGUCUGGAGCAGAUAUGUUUCUUCUCAAGCAUGUACAUGAACACGGUGAAUUCCUGGAUCCUCUUCUACCUGAGUCACAUCUUCCAAUACCCUGUUCCAUGGGAGAAAUGUCCCUUAUUGAAGAAUUCCAGUGACUUUGAUCCUGAGUGUGCACAGACGACACCCUCCGUAUACUUCUGGUACCGGCAAACCGUGAAGGUCUCAGACAGGCUUGAGGAUGGCGGGCCGCUGGUUUUGAGUCUCAGCCUGCCCCUCCUUGUGUGCUGGUGUCUUGUGGGUGCCUUCAUGAUCAAGGGACUCAAGUCCUUGGGGAAGGUCAUGUGUGUCUUGGUGUCGCUUUCCUUUGUCAUCCUUUUCUGCUUCGUCAUCUGGAGUUUACUACUGGAAGGGGCAGAACAUGGCCUGAAACAUUUGCUGGUUGCCAAGGUAACAGCUGUAUAUGAUCUGACUGUGUGGUCGGUAGCAGGAGGCCAAGUUUUGUUUGAUCUAGGCCUAGGCUUUGGUCCCAUUGCCUGCUUAUCCUCCCACAUGCCCCAGUCCAAUAACUGCCUCUACGAUGCCUUCAUCAUAGCUAUGAUCAACCUGGCCACCUUGUUCCUCACAACACCUUUCAUCCUCGCUGUGCUGGGCUUCUGGGCUACGGUCCUCACCCACCGCUGCUCUGAGAAGAACAUGGAAAAGCUGUCGAUGCUGGUAAACAUGGGGACGCUGCCCUCUGAGGCUCAGCCCCCCACCAACCUGCACAGUGACCCCACCUCUACCUACAAUUCCUGGCUCAGUGGCCUGGACCCAAACACCAAGAGCCUGGUACUCAGUGAGGUGUCUGAGUGCAACAGAGAGGAGUGGAUUCUGCAGGUUAAGGAAGGCCCAGGCUUUGUAUUCCUGUCCUUCAUUGAAGUUACAUCCUUCCUUCCUCGGUCAAUCUUCUGGACUAUCCUCUUCUUCCUGAUGCUGCUGUUACUAGGCUUGGGUACCACCAUAGGAUUUAUGCAGGGCCUCAUUGUCCCGCUCCAGGACUCCUUCUCUUUCUUUAGGAAACAAACCAAGCUGCUCAUAGUUUUUCCUCCAGUGGGCAUCUCUGGGCUGAUGUUCCUAUGUGGCCUUUUCUUCACUCGCCCCUCUGGCGCAUAUCUCAUCAGACUGCUGAGCGAAUACUGGACACCCAUGCCCAUCAUUUUCGUCAUCAUCUGUGAAAACAUUGCUGUGGCUUGGGCCUGUGGGGCCAGGAGGUUUCUUGGGGACAUGAAGACCCUGGUGCCCAGCUUUACCUUCCGCUUCGUCAGCUGGGUGUGGAGCUACCUGACUCCAGUCAUGCUGCUCAUCACGUAUGUAGCCCUCCUGAUGAAGCUGAUCGUGAAGCCCCUCACCUAUGUGGCCUGGGACUCGAGCACGUCAAAGGAGGUGAUUCGACACUACCCAUCCUGGGCGCGGAUCUUGAUAAUCAUAUUUUACCUCGUGGUCAUCAUCCCCAUCCCUGGGUACCUCUUCUACUGUCUUGUCCAUGGGAUCCCCUUCAGGCCUGUGAAAUCCUCGCCCCGUCGAAAGAGCCAUAUAGUGCCCAGCAAAAGGGCCCAAGAGAAAAGUUCUUUAAGGUAAUAAACCAGAAAAAUGAUCAGCCA